ACUUCAACCAAAACAACAAACCCAAUUCCCUUGUUAGACCAACUGCAACUCUCGACCUACAUCCUUAUUAUCCCGUUUGCCGCCAACCCUGUUGACUGUCAAUCGGAUUCUACUCUGAUUUGUCUCCUGCCAAACCUAUCUACCCCGCCUCCAACACCUCUUUACGACUGUCAGCAAACAAAUUGCCAUCUGACGAGCCCACUCCGACAAGCAAGCUCACACGAAGCCCACCAUGCCUUCUUCUGCCGUUCAGAAUCCUCCGGCUCAGACUGAGUCCAAGUCUGCGAAGAAGAAGAAGUCUAAGGCCGAGCGCACUGGAUCCCCGGCGCCGACUGCUUCUCCUGCGCCCGAGAAGGCUGUGUCCGUGUCCGGGGACGAUGCAUCCGAGAACGCAUACGUUCGAGAGCUGCAGAAAAACAUCCGCAAUGUGAACAAGAAAAUCAGUAACGCCUCCAAGACCUACUCUCUAAUCGCCGAACACAAGGACAAGUCUCUCGAUGAGCUCGUGGCCACCAAGAUCAUCAAUGCAGACCAGAAGAAUCAGGCGCUUAAGAAACCACAACUCGAGUCACAGCUUGCUCAGCUUGAGGAGUCGCUCGCACAGUACAAGAAGGUCGACGAGGAGUACCGUGCGCGCAGCCAAACCGACAAGGCCAAACUCGAGAAGGAGCUUACGGAAAAGCUGGAGAAGGAGAAGGCCGAUGCGCUGCUCGCCGUCACCGAGAAAGCUGCCGAAGACGCAAAGAAGCUGCAACACGACAGCCUGCUCCUGCUGUCCCAGUUCCUCCGACUGGCAGCUGCUAGAAGAUCUGAGGAUGCUGAUCAAACUCUCGACGAAAAUAUGGCUUUGGAGGGCGUUCUACUGAACGUCUACUCUGGAGACGAAAAUGCCGUCUCCACCAUGAUGAAUCUGAUCGACGGUGUUGACGAGAAGGCAAGAAGCGUCAGUGGGGACGAGCUGCAAACCACCUACGCUCAGGUCAAGGCUGCAACAAUCGCGCAUGUCAACGUCUUUGCUUUGGCAGAAUCAGAGACCACCCCCGAAGCCGCUGAACCCACGAUCGAAAGUAGCGAUAAUGCUGCAACCGACCCUACCGUCGUUCACGCUGGACUCACUGAGCUCGACACCACAGGCGACGUCCCUGCGAUGACCAACGGUUAUACGGAAGAAACACCGAGCUCGGGUCUGCCAGUGAAUGCGGACGUCGCUGAUGGCGCUGCCAACGCCGCCGCGGAGUCUCAAUGGGAUGCUGGUAAUGACAUGAGUGCGUCACAGGAGGACUGGGUUAAGGUCUCACGCGAUCCUAACGAGACGGACACCGGCUUGACGGCUACACCUGCAGCUGCAGGUCCCGUGCAGUCUUGGGCAGAUGACCAGCCUGAGAAUCCACCUGAGGCUUCUGCUGUUCCAGCUGACGAUGGCUUCCAGUCAGUCCAGCGCAACCGACCCCGCGGCCAAGGUGAAGGUGGCUGGACCGGACGGGGACGUGGUCGUGGUGACUACCGUGGACGAGGACGUGGCCGAGGUCAAGGCCGAGGUAACAUGGGCAUGCGAGGAGGACGACCCAGAAACGCAGAGUCGUAGAGAAUCUCCCGCCUGAAUCCGUCGACUCGCAUCUGGAGUGGUGCCAGAGAGCACCGGUUCCCAUCGCGACGUUUGAGGCAACUUUUGGACCAAUCUGAUUCCACGCAAUGGGUGAUUGCGGAAGGGGCUUGCUGCUCCGCAGCUCUCUUUUAGUCGACACACGGGUGAUGAGACAUGAGGUUGAGGGAGGGGGCUUAAUGGUAGGAUGGGAUGCGUGUACUUGGACUGGUCUUUGAUUUUAGAAGCAGCACCUGGGGAAUCCGGCGUUCACGUUCCUGCGGCUUCGAUGUGGAAUUGGUGCCGGGACGCGGAAUCCUGUACAAAAGUCUCAUUAGCAUUUACAAGAUCAGGCCUGGCGUAGAGAAAAGAAAAGUCAAUACAAUUAUGAGCACAUUUAGGCCAGACAACCAGUUUCUACGAGGUCAAGCAUGAGAAAAGGACAUAAAAGUAGCUUUCUAC